GCAUUACGUGACCCUGCAGGAAUCUUUGAACUGGUGCAGGUUGUUGGGAAUGGGACAUAUGGACAAGUCUAUAAGGGUCGCCAUGUUAAGACAGGGCAGCUAGCAGCUAUCAAAGUGAUGAAUGUUACUGAGAACGAAGAGGAGGAAAUCAAGCUGGAGAUAAAUAUGCUUAAAAAGUACUCCCAUCACAGGAAUAUUGCUACAUACUAUGGUGCAUUUGUAAAGAAAAGUCCUGCAGGCCAAGAUGAUCAGCUCUGGUUGGUGAUGGAGUACUGUGGGGCGGGCUCUGUCACUGACCUGGUGAAGAAGACUAAAGGGAACUGUUUCAAGGAAGACUGGAUUGCAUACAUCUGCAGAGAGGUUCUCAGGGGCUUGGCACAUCUUCAUGCUCAUCAUGUCAUCCAUCGAGAUAUCAAAGGACAGAAUGUUCUUCUCACAGAAAAUGCAGAAGUAAAACUGGUGGAUUUUGGAGUAAGUGCUCAACUGGAUAGAACUAUUGGGAGAAGGAACACAUUCAUUGGCACACCCUAUUGGAUGGCGCCCGAGGUCAUCGCUUGUGAGGAGAACCCAGACUCUACGUAUGAUUACAGAAGUGACCUAUGGUCUCUGGGAAUCACUGCUAUUGAAAUGGCCGAAGGAGCUCCUCCCCUAUGUGACAUGCACCCCAUGAGAGCGCUCUUCCUCAUCCCACGGAACCCGCCCCCAAAGCUGAAAUCCAGAAAAUGGUCAAAGAAAUUCCUGAACUUCGUUGAAAGCUGCCUUGUAAAAAAUUAUCUGCAUCGUCCAUCCACGGAAGCCCUGCUGAAACAUUCCUUCAUCCGAGACAUGCAGAAUGAACGGCAGGUGCGCAUCAUGCUGAAGGACCACCUGGACAGGACCAGGAAGAAAAAAGGAGAAAAGGAAGAAACAGACUAUGAUUACAGUGGAAGUGAAGAAGAAGAUGAUGAGCUGAAUGAAGAUGAAGGAGAACCAAGCUCCAUAGUUAAUCUCCCAGGGGAGUCCACUCUUCGUCGUGAAUUUCUGAGGCUGCAGCAGGAGAACAAAAACCGAUCUGACCCUCAGCGCCAGCAGCAGCAGCUGAAGGACCAGGAGAAAUACAAGAAGCAGCUGCUGACAGAACGGCAGAAACGGAUCGAGCAGCAGAAGGAGCAGAGGAGGAGGCUGGAAGAUCAUCAGAGGCGAGAGCAGGAGCUACGAAGGCAGCAGGAGUGUGAGCAGAGGUGGCCAGAGGCCAUUCAGAGGAAGGAGGAGAGGUGUAAAGAAGACAAAAGGGCUGUGGAAGAUGAACAGUUCACAGCAGAUGGACAGAGGAAAUCGGAAAAGAAGCAGAAGGUGGAGGAUGCGCAGCACAACAGGAAGGUGCAUCGAACUCUCCCCAAAGAUCAGACCCAGCUGCUGUCUCUCCAGCACGACCACAAACAGAAGAAGAAAGAGCCUUCCAAGAGUUCAAAUUCAGCAGCACAUACUCCAUCAAGCAGCACAAGCAAAGAGGCUGAGGACCGCAAAAAGAAAAGUGACAGCAUCCAGCCCUCCCUGCAGUGGCCAGCAGUGCUGGGGCAUGAAGCCACACCACACGCCAGGAUGGGAUCUGGCAGCAGUUCCAGCCCUUGCACCCCUGCCCCGCAGAGAGCCGUGUUGGUCCAGUGUGAAAAUUUCCGGGCUAGUAAGGAUGUAUACCACAGCAGCUCCCUGUCAGACAUGGUGACGACACCACUCAGCCCCAUGAAGGAUGAUGUGUUCUGGAGUGUGGGUCAAAACGAAGAGCAACCCCCAAAGGUUCCAGAAAGGACAACCUCUAAAUUUUACAGCAGGGAUCAGCCUGGCCAUCAGAGGUGCCUUUCAAGUAGCACUCAUCAGUCCUCCCCCGGGGGACAUGCUCUGAAGCUGAACAGCAGCAGCAGCACUCCUGGCAGCAAGCAGUGGGAGAUGGGAUCUCAUCAGAGCAGCUGGUCAACCUCAGGGAACCCAGGACAAGCCAAGGCAGAGAACGUUUUGUCCCAGAACCACUUGCAGCUGCAUAAGAAGUCUGAAAAAGUUUCUCAUCCAGGCCAGAUUGCAAGUCCAGGCUCCUUUGCCAAGGGGAAGGAUGGUGCAAACUUACUCCUAAAAGCAGCAGACUAUUCCUCAUCAAGUGAUGAAGUCAGCAGCAGCGAUGAAGAUGACAUGAACCACGCAAGGCAACUGCUAAGCAGCAGAGUGGCAGAUUUCUCAAGGACGAGAGUACCAGAUGGAAUUGAACUGAAACCCCAAAGCACCAUUGCAGAACAGAAGGAGCAGAUUUUAGGGAAGCAAAUUUCUAGCACCCAAGAAGGCCUCUGGAGCAUAAACAACCACAACUAUCUCCUGCCAGAUCUCCUCCAGCAAAGCCAAAUUUCAGACUCCUCUGUGAACCCACCAAAAGUGCCACUGGCUAGCCAGGAACCUCAGAACAAACCUCUGCAUAAGAGCCCGUGCACUGAAAGCCCACCUUCAAAGAGCAGUACAUCAUCCACAACAUCGUUCACUUCAUUCAUAGAUCCCAGACUUCUGCCAAUCACCCCUCCCACCAGUCCAGUAGGACCUUCCUGUAGUUCUUCAUCUAGUGCAAAACCUGAACCUGUAAGGAGAGAAAAUGCAAGGAAGGGCUCUGUUGUCAAUGUCAACCCAACGAACAUCCGCCCACAGAGUGACAGCCCAGAAAUUCGUAAAUACAAGAAGAAAUUCAACUCAGAGGUGCUGUGUGCUGCUUUGUGGGGAGUAAAUUUACUGGUGGGAACAGAGAAUGGAUUGUGGCUGCUGGACAGAAGUGGGCAAGGAAGAGUUUAUUCACUGAUUACAAGGAGACGAUUCCAGCAAAUGGAUGUUCUGGAAGGACUAAAUGUGCUAAUUACUAUUUCAGGGAAGAAGAAUAAGUUGAGGGUAUAUUACUUAUCAUGGCUGAGAAACAAAAUACUGCGCAAUGACCCGGAGGUGGAGAAGCGGCAGGGCUGGGUGUCCGUGGGAGACCUGGAGGGCUGCGUACACUACAAAGUUGUAAAAUAUGAGAGAAUCAAAUUCCUUGUAAUUGCUUUGAAAAACUCAGUGGAGGUUUAUGCUUGGGCUCCAAAGCCUUAUCACAAAUUCAUGGCUUUUAAGUCCUUUACCUCACUUCAUCACAAGCCACUGUCAGUAGACCUGACCGUAGAGAAUGGACAAAGAUUAAAAGUCAUAUAUGGCUCAUUGGUGGGCUUUCAUGCUAUUGAUGUGGACUCUGGAUCUGUGUAUGACCUGUACCUUCCAACACACAUCCAGGGGACUAUUCGCCCACAUGCCAUUAUCAUCCUCCCGAAUACCAGCGGAAUGGAGCUUUUACUCACCUAUGAAGAUGAAGGCAUCUACAUUGAUAUAUAUGGGCAUUUCACAAAGGAGACUGUUUUACAGUGGGGAGAAAUGCCAGCAUCUGUAGCUUAUCUUCAAUCUAAUCAGGUCAUGGGCUGGGGAGAGAAGGCGAUUGAACUACGCUCUGUGGAAACAGGAAAUCUGGAAGGAGUAUUUAUGCAUAAGAAAGCACAGAAGCUGAAAUUUCUAUGUGAAAGAAAUGACAAGGUGUUCUUUGCAUCUGUACAGUCAGGAGGCAGCAGUCAAAUAUACUUUAUGACUCUUGGUCAAAAUGUAUUAUUCAACUGGUAAAUCACAUAAAAAUGAAGGAUGCUUUGAAAUUCCCUGUAGGUAUCAGUGUAAAAUGCUUGGGGGUAAUAUACACGAAUUUGCACUUUUUACCUACAAAAAUGUUGUUAUUAUUAACUUAUCAAAAUCCAUAUUCUUUCCAUUUGAAAAUAAUGCUAUUUUCCUGUCAAAGUAUUGUGAACAUGUUUAGUUUGUCUUUUAAAAUAUGUUGCAAACCAAGAUUGUAUUCACAGUGUUAGAACAACUUUAAUGAAGAAUGUAGCCAAUAUUAGAAGCUCCUGUACUCUGAAAAGUGCACAGUUUCAUUUUCACAGAUGAUGUAAUGUUGUUAUCUUGAA